UCCUUCCCUCCUCCGGGGCUCCCCAGCCCUCCCUCCUUGUCUGCCUGCUUGCUGCUUUCCCUCCAAGUGCAGUUGCCUCCUCCCCGGGACUCGAACACAUUGGCUUUUUGUCCUCUCCUUUCAGAUUGCUCGGGGAUCGGCAGCGCCCUUUGCUCCUACGGCUGGGACCCGGAGCCCUGAGACUUCGGGGGACUCUGGAAGCCCCCGGGCCCGUGGCCUGAAGCCUCCCAUGUGCCCCUUGGCUCGGACGUCCCAGUGACUCGAGGGGAGGGGUCGCCCUCCUAUGUGACGUCCAGCCGGCUCCUGAGCCUCACCGUUCUAGCCUAUUCCCGUUCGCUCCUGAGUAGUCAAGCAGAACUGCCCUAGAAGAGGACCAUGGCCAGGUACAGCCACCAGAGCCUCCUGGACUGGCUCUACGGGGGCGUGGACCCCAGCUUUGAAGGCAACGGGGGCCCCGACUGUGCCGCGUUCCUCUCGUGGAAGCAGCGGCUGCUGGAGAGCGGGGCCUUCCUGGCCCUGGCCGUGCUGGAGAUCCUAGUGGCCCUAUGGCAUCUCCUGUGGAAGCCCAAAGAGGACGGGGGAGGUCGAGGGGCCUGCCCCCGCCUCCCGCCGCCUCCGCCGGCCAAGGAGAGCCUCUUCAAGAACCUGCUCCUCGUGGCCCUGUGCCUGACCUUCGGCGUGGAGGUGGGCUUCAAAUUCGCCACCAAGACCGUCAUCUACCUGCUCAACCCCUGCCACCUGGUCACCAUGAUGCACAUCUUCCUGCUGGCCUGUCCUCCCUGUCCAGGUGUUGUGGUCCUCUUCAGGCUCCAAAUGCACAUGUUGAAUGGGGCUCUUCUUGCACUGCUUUUUCCCGUGGUGAACACUCGCCUGCUGCCCCUGGAGUUAGAAGUUUACUAUGUUCAACACAUCAUGCUCUACGUGGUGCCUGUCUAUCUGCUGUGGAAAGGAGGUGUCUACACUCCUGAGCCGCUCGGCAAUUUUUGGUGGGCCCUCCUGGCAACUGGCCUAAUGUUCUUCUAUCACUUCAGCAUCUUACAAUUCCUGGGCCUGGCCACCGAAGUGAAUCUGAACAACAUGCUCUGCCCGGCCAUUUCUGAUCCAUUCUAUGGCCCCUGGUACCGGAUCUGGGCCUCAGGCCACCAGACCCUCAUGACCAUGACCCAUGGCAAGCUGAUCAUUCUGCUGGCCUCCACUGCCAGGCCCAUGUUCAAGUACCUACUGGAUUUGCUCCACCUUCCAACCAAGAAAAUUGACUGAAGAGUUUGUUCUCCCCACUUGGAGAAUACUCCUUUCUUGAUGAUAUCAGGAAGGGGGGAUUGUGUGUGUUGUGUUUCUUUCUCUUCCUGUCCCCCUGCCCUCCCCCAUGGCUCAGGCCCCCGGGGCCCAUUUCUCUUUUUCCCCCCUCCUGGUGGCCUUACCAGGGGGGUGGCAGCUGAUUUCUCUUCAUGCAGGUGCUUUAGUGACAGCUCACUGAGGAAGGAAGGUGCUACAGCAGCAAAACCAUGAAAACACAUUGUUUCCACUGCCAGGGCCCCCCAGGCCUGUCCUCUUCUGUUAGCACAGCCCCCACCAUGGGCCCAUACCUCAUCUCUGUACCAGCAAUGAGCCCGGGGGAGCGGGGGAGGGGGGAGUUCCCGAAAUCACAGCCAAAGUAGGCACUGGACCAGCCUGGGACCACCUACUCUGAGUUCUAAAUUUCUGGUGGGGGGUGGGAGGGCACAGGGAGGAUGAGGACAGAGUUGGGUUUUUUAUUGGGGGGCGGUGUAGGGAGCAGUAUGACACUAGGCAAAUCACUUCUCUAGGACUCAAUUAUUCUCUGUAAAAUUAAGGAAUUGAAGCCCCUUCUUAUUCUAAAUCUAUGAUUUUAUGCUCCUUUGUGGGACCCUGGACAAGUCACUUCCUGUUCUCGGGUCUGUUUCCUCUUUUGAAAAAUGAGGGGCGGGGGGUGGGGAAGAGGUUGCCCUCGCUGACCAGCAUCCUAUGAGACGAUGUCUAUAGUAUCACAGACUGGGAAAGCCCCUCCCCCCUCCCAUUGCCCUAGAGAUGGAGACCUCCAUGUAAAUGCUGACUGUAAAUAAGAUAGUCGCUUGGCUAUUGUGCCACGGAAUCUGAAGAGCACAAAAGAUGCUGGGAUUGCAGAAACCUUGGAGCUUUAAAGAAGUGAAUAUUCCAAGGAAGAGUGACCCUGGAAACCUUGGUGAUGUGAGAGGCUAGCACAUCCCAUGGCUCAGCAGACAGUUUGAAGAGCUGGGUUUCAAUCCUGCUCAGAUAGCUCUCAGAGACCCCGGGCAAGUCAUUUCAUCUCUGUUCGUUUCCUUAUUUGUAAAAUGGAAUUCUAAUAGCACCUCCCUCCCAGAGUGGUUCGGAGGCUAGGGUGGGAUAAUAUAGGGAAAGUGCGAGAGAAAGGUGCUUUUUCAAGGUGGAGCACUUCCGGUUGGUAUUUCCUGGGGCCACAUCCCUCAUCGUUGGCCAGCUUGGUGCUGAGCAAUUUCUUGGGAGUGUUGGCUUGUUUUGCACCAUCCACACACUCCCUGGCUUGAGACCAUGGUUGGCACGAGCUGCCAGGGGGAGGUAAUCUCCAUGGCUUGUGUGUGGUCAUGAGGCUUGAAACUUGGCUGCAGAUGCAUCUCAGGAAAGAAGGUCAUGAUUGAACAUUCUGUGAUUCCUCAUUCACAAAAUCACAAAAUGAUUUACUUAGAAAAGGGGGAAGACCCUUAAAGGAGCUUCUCCUGAGAAGCUGUCCUUCAGGGCAUCCUCUAUAGCCUAUCAUAGUUCUAGUGUGUUUACCGCUGCAGGUAUUAAUGAAAUAGAAAGCAGUAAUGGAGGGAAAGCUUGCAUGUUGAGUAAGCACAUCCUUCUAGGCAGAGAGAGCACUUUUAUUGCAGAAAAAAUGAAUUCUGGGUGAGCACCCACUGCUCCUGCAGGUAGUUGAGGUCUUCGAUGGUUCUCCAUGUCUCUGCUCAUUGUAUCUCCCCCAGCUUUCCUGACAGUGCCAAGAUAACUCUGGAACCCUUGUGGCUGAGUUUGCACAUGCCAUUUGAUGGUCUUUGUUCAUCAGUAUGUGGGGAAAAUGUGUACAGGUGGAAAGGGAGGCUGCUUCCUUCUGAACAGUCAGCACCAAGGCCAAGACCCAGGUGUGGUUAGCCAGAGUUGGUGGUAUGUGAGGAGCUCACGGCUGAGCCGGGGCAGUGUGUGAUCCUUUGCACAGGGAGGCCGGGACAGGUUCAUGCAGGCCAGCAAUGAUAUCCCUGCCCCCCCCCACUGCCCCCUUCCUCACCUCGCACCCUAUGCAGCUGGGUGGGCCAGGGACCUUGGUGGAACUGGGGACUUGUACCUGAUAAUUGAAUUUUGUUUGUUGUAGCCAAAAUCAGGGUUUUGCUUACCUCUGAUGGUUGAUAAUCCUGGGAUUGAUAAACUGGGACCCUUCCCCAUGAUUAGGGUGAUCUGUAGUCAGCCCUGCACUGGAAGUGAGCUGGCUUGCUCACUCAGGGCCUUUUUUCCCAUCCCCUCCUCCCACCCCCUUUAGUGCCACAAGAGGGGUUUACGUUUUCCUUUAUCAGUUGGAGAUUUUCAGAUUGCUUUUUCUCAAAAGUGGUGAAGGGAGGAUAGUGUUGCAUAUUGGAUAGUGUUAGGUUGACCUGGACACAAGCCCCACUUCUGUCUGAUAUAUGAUGGCUGUGAGACCCUGGGUCAGUCACUUUUCUCUCUGCUCCAAGACUGUAAGUUGGUCUGGGGAAAAUCAAAUCACAAUAAUGAUCCCUGGGAGGUAGAGUGUAUAGUGGGAAGGUGUUAGAUUGGGAGUCAGAGGGCCUGGGUUCAGACCCAGGCUUUACCACUUAUUCUUUGUGACCCAAGGCAAGGCACUUAGCUCCUCAGUGCCCAAGCCACGCUCUAAGACUUCUAAAUUUCAGAGUGGGUGCUGAGCUGAAUGGGCCUCUUCAGGAAAUCACAGGUGUAUCUGUGGCCCAAACCGAAUCCGGUGUGGGCCACAAAACCGGAAGGCAGGAUGGUGCCGGGUAAACCAGGAGGGUAAGUCUGGCCACGGCGGGUCGGGGCAUAGCCUGUUGCCAGCUGCAGGCUCUGAAGCUCCAGGCCCCAGACAGGAAGGGAACACCCUCUCCCUAUUGGCUCUUCUUGGCAGUGACACAGCCCCACACACAGGCAUGCUGCUCAUGGCUCACUGGGGUCAUCAGAGACCAAGCUCUUCAGAAAAUGCUUGCUUCCUGUUUUGUUCUGUCUCCCCGUGCCCCGCUUUCCUUUACUGAAUAUGAGAACAAGCAGGAUAACGGGUGCAGGGAGAAACGUGCCAACUCCUUCCCUGCCCAUCCCGGAGGCAGGGCUCUGCGCACAGGGCGCCCGACAGCCGCAGCCAAUGCUGCCUUUGCAGCGGCACUCCCAGUAUUCCGUAACCUGCAGGACCAGCAAAUGGCGUUGACCCCGCUGGGCUGGCCUUCAGUGACUCCCUCCAGUCCUUCCUUCACCCACCUUUUGGAACUUCAGUUGUGGUUGUUGUCUGUUGUUUUUGUAAAAGUGUUUUGUUUUCUCAAGUUUCGUAACCUUUGGACCCCGCUCAGAACGGGGCUUCUCAGGUCAUUCUUUUGGAGUAAUUAGACUUGUAGUCUUGGCUAUUUCUGUUUCCGAAGCUCCCUGAGUGAGGUGGGGCCUUCACUAGGGAACCUAUUGUGCAAAUGUUUUGUAGGGUGACAUCAUUAAAAGAUUUAUGAGAA